UAGGGAUCAGGGACAUCGAGCGAGCGAGAAACGAUGUCAAGAGGCCAAGAGGGGUUAGCCCUAGAAACUUGAUCAUCUUACACCUCGACCCCUCCUCUCAAGAGCUAUAACCUACCCAUCACAUAAACCUCGUUCGGAAUCAUGUCGCUCACCCUCCAAUCCACCACCAAGCUGCACACCGGCACCCAGAUGCCUACCCUCGGGUACGGCGUCUACCUCUCCGAACGCGACAAGUGCGUGAAAUCCGUCUCCAAAGCCCUCGAGGUCGGGUAUAGGCAUGUGGAUUGCGCGCAGUAUUACGAGAAUGAGGAUCUCGUCGGGGAAGCCUCAACCCUGUCCUCCCUCCCCCGCUCUUCCCUCUUCCUCACAACCAAGACCUUUUACAACUCCUCCCAAAAGACCGUAGAGGAGAUCCUCCCUGGCUUGAUCGAGUCCGUCAAAAAGAUCGGCAAGAACAAGGAGGGGGAGAAGGAGUAUGUGGACUUGUUCUUGAUCCACGCGCCGACUUGUGGGCCGGAGGGGAGGCAGUUGCUUUGGGACGCUUUCCAGGAGUUGAAGAAGCAGGGGUACGCCAAGGAUAUCGGUGUUUCCAACUUCGGCGUCAAGCACCUCCAAACCCUCAAGGGCGAGAAACCCGCUGUCAACCAGACCGAGCUGCAUCCGUUCUGCCAGCAGAGGGAGGUGGUCGAUUAUUGCCGUGAACAAGGCAUCGUCAUGCAAGCCUACUGUCCCUUGGUCAGGAACUCGAGAUCGGACGACCCUGUCCUUCAGAAGGUCGCCAAGGAGACGGGCAAGAGCGUCACCCAAGUGUUGGUCAGGUGGAGUCUCCAAAAAGGCUUCUCCCCCUUGCCGAAAUCUGACACGCACCAAGCGGAGAAUGCCGAUGUUUACGAUUUCGAGCUGACCCAGGCGCAGAUGAGCGCGAUCGAUGGUUUGGACGAGGGCGCCAAGGGGGCCGUCGCACCCCACAACCCCGACUGCCCUUAGGUUGUCGGAUUGUUAGAAGAGCGGGUGUAGAGGAGUGCCGCACCAAAAAUACGAGGAAAAAGGACUCGGAUGGGAAUAUAUUCGGAUAGAUGAAACGCGAAAGAGAAAGUCCGACUGGACCAGAUAUUUAGAUAUUUAUGUGUUGCAUGCGUGAUAUGCCGCUUGCGAAGGUCCUUGCUUCUCAAGUGAACUAGAAGAUGCUUGCCGAUCAGAUUCGUGCUGUCUAUGCGAGGAUUGGGAAUAUGGAAUCUUGUCGAGAAGCACAAGACUGAAACGC